CGCCUUAUUUAGUGCCCUAAUCUCAUCAUUAUUUCAAAGGUUUCGUCAGGAUAUUUAUGCUAAAUUUGGGAAUUAAUUAUGAGGCCACUCGUCUUGAUCAGAUAACAGCUGGCAUCCUGCAUCUAAACAGCAUUCUGUGCCUAACACGUUUCAAUGGCUCCACUUUCUCUCUCUCCUUUGUCGUCUGCGUCCGCACCUUCUCGUCUUCUGUUUCACCGGCGAACCUUGGUUUGCCCUCCAAGAUUCAGUUGUGCUUCUGUUCCUGCAACGGAAUUGCUGUCGCCGACGACUUCGAAUUUGACCCCGAAAGUUGUGGUCACCAGAGAGCGUGGCAAGAAUGGCAAGCUUAUCAGUGCUCUGAAUAAACAUAAAAUCAAUUGUUUGGAGUUUCCACUUAUUGAGCACACAUUGGGACCCGACAUGGAUAGACUUGCUUCUGUAUUAAAUGAUAAUUCAUUUGACUGGAUUGUCAUAACAUCCCCUGAAGCAGGUUCAGUUUUCCUAAAGGCAUGGAGAGCUGCUGGGGCCCCCCAUGUCAAGAUAGGCGUUGUUGGAGCUGGUACUGCAAGUGUGUUCAACGAAGCCUCGCUGUCAUCAAAGCAGUCACUUGAUGUUGCCUUUUCACCAUCAAAAGCAACAGGGAAGGUUUUGGCUACGGAGCUUCCACUGAAUGGAAAUAAAUGCACUGUGCUGUAUCCUGCUUCUGCAAAAGCUGGCAAUGAGAUUGAGGAAGGACUUUCUAACCGUGGGUUUGAGGUUACAAGGUUGAAUACAUACACAACGGUGCCAGUUCAGCACGUUGACCAAGGAAUCUUAAAGCAGGCACUUGAUAUACCUGUUGUUGCGGUAGCCUCACCAUCUGCAAUUCGUGCCUGGAGGAAUCUUGUUUCAAAGUCAGGUUGGACUGGGUCAGUUGCAUGCAUCGGUGAGACCACUGCUGCAGUGGCUAAAACAUUAGGGUUUGAACAGGUGUACUACCCAUCGAAGCCAGGCCUUGAAGGCUGGGUAGAUAGCGUUCUUGAUGCCUUGGGAUCAUAUGAUGAUUCUUUGCGGUAACAUUCGUGCCUGCCCUCUCCAUUGCAACCCGCUGAUGCGUCCAGCUGUUGUUGAUGCAGCGGUCAUACGGUGCUUCGACAUAUGGAGGAUGGAUCUCCUUCCUCUUCUCAGUAAUGUGUUUUUUGAGGUUACUGACAGAGGCUCUGAUAAGAUCCUGUCGUAAAGAAAUAUGUAUGUAAAUACCGUUGCUGUCUACUUGUAACCCCACGAUUUUCUUCCAUUAUCAAGGGCAACAUUUACUAAUGUUUCCACAUAUGGGUAUAGAUCUCCGUUGAUCACUGCUGCUCCGCUUGAUCCAUGUUCAAAUGUAUAUCUGGUGCAUGGUGAAGGCAUUUAUACUCAUGCAGCUGCUUAGCCUAUGUGGACAUCAUGCAUUCUUUAAUUACAUUUUUUUAUUGAAUUUAGUUUAGUGGUAUUA